UCACCUUUUUGAUCCGAGCAGUUAUUCCUUUUUUCAACUGUUUAAAUAUAUGACUUGAUGUGAGGUAUAAACCCUAGCUAUUGCAACCUUUAAUCUCAAACUAUGACUCCUGCAUAUGAACAGUGUUUGCACCAAUACUAAUAUCACUAAUAUUUAAACCAUCUCCAUCCUAACCUUAAACCCGUUAUAAACAUAACCUUAAUGUAACCUUGUCGGGCAGCUGCUUAUCAACAUAGAUGUUGACUCUGUAAAAUAUCAUAACCUGACUUUCAGAGAUUAUGAAGCCACGCCUUUGAUACAUGUAUGGAGGGAUGUUUGUGCAAUUAAAAACAAAUGAAACGCUACACGUUUUUGAUUAAUUUGCAGUUUUCCAUUACUUAUUUGUUGGAGUGAAUUGUGGCAGCUGCAAAUCUAGGGUUGGUAUCAGACAACGGUUGCCUUGCCUUCAACGAUUCCUCAGGGUAGUAAUAACAAACUGUCCCGAACCAGAUGGAAUAGUGUUAAACACAUCUAAACUCGAACUGGAUUCACAAUGCAUCCUGACUAUUUCCCACAAACAAGAAGGUCAGUUAGGAUCUGUGAUAGAGCACGCAGCGUUCCGUGAUGCGGCAAGGGGAUUUGAUCUGUGAAUGUAAGGCACAUGAAAGACAGGGGGGGGCAUAGACAGAAAACUAGAGACAGUCCAACCGAAAGAGGGAGGAGAGUAAAGGGACUGGAAGGGGAUAAUAGUAUUUAAAACUUUAAGCACCCAGAUCCUCUCAGUCAGCAAUAAUAGACAGCCAGGGUGGUUUCUCUCUCUCCUGGUGUACUGCCUUGAGUGACUCAGGGGAUGAUAUUAGACACAUAGAAAUGCAUCUGCACCACUCCACGAGCCGCUGCUUCUGACUAGUGCCCUGGGCAGAUAGCCAGGAUGUUCAAGAACAGGAGACAGAGCCUCUUCCCCAACUACAAAGUUGGGGGAGCAGGUCUUAUAUACAAGGACCCGGAAGAAGACUACAAUGUUCCUUUAACCCAAAACAAGUUUGUGAAACCAUGGAACUCCAUGCAAGAGCUCAGCCGAGACAUCUAUGAUAUUUACGCAGAAUACGAAGACGAUGAAGAUGUAAAUAUCUCUCCAACACGAGGCCUCUACUCUCCUGCGAACUAUAUGCUGAAUAUCAAUGUGGGUGGCAAGGUGUAUAAGAUCUCCUACAAACUGGCUGCCAAGUAUCCCAAGACAAGGAUUGGUCGCCUGGCAACCUAUACAGAUCACAACAGGAAGUUGGACCUUUGUGAUGACUAUAUGGUCCAGAACAAUGAGUUCUUCUUUGACAGGGACCCUGACAUCUUCCACAACAUCUUCAACUUCUACCGGACGGGCGUGCUCUGGAUCAAGGAUGAGGUGUGUCCCAGGAACUUCCUGGAAGAGAUCAACUACUGGGGAGUGAGGAUGAAGAACACCCACCGCUGCUGCCGGAACUCGUUUGAGGAGCGCCAAGAUGAGCUCAACGAGCAGCUGAAGAUCCAGCGGGAGUUGGAAGCAGAGGUGGAGACGGAGGAAAACGAGGAGCUGUUCCACGGGAUGGCGUUCGGCCAGACACGCUGCUUGAUCUGGAAUAUGAUGGAAAAGCCUUUCUCCUCGGUCACCGCCAAGCUAAUGGCUGUGGCUUCCAGCUUCUUCGUGCUGGUGUCCCUGGUGGCAAUGACGUUGAACACGGUGGAGGAGAUGCAGUACACCACCCCCACGGGCCAGCUGAGCGGAAAGACUUACGGGGAGUACGUGGAAACCUUCUGCAUCGCAUUCUUCACCAUGGAGUAUUUAUUGCGCCUAGUGUCCACGCCUGACCUAAGCCGUUUCGGGAGAAGUGUCCUUAACGGGGUGGAUCUGGUGGCUAUCUUGCCCCUCUACCUGCAGCUGGUGCUGGAGUGCUUCGAAAGCGAUGAGUAUGCGAAACACCAAGACAUCGAGACGGUGGGCCGGGUGGCCAAACUUGGCCAGGUGCUGAGAAUCAUGCGUCUGAUGAGAAUCUUCCGUAUCCUGAAGCUGGCGCGUCACUCCACCGGGAUGAGGGCAUUCGGCUUCACACUGCGCCAGUGCUACCAGCAGGUGGGCUGCCUCUUCCUCUUCAUCGCAAUGGGGAUCUUCACCUUCUCUGCUAUGGUGUACACGGUGGAGCACGACGUGCAUCAGACCAACUUCACCAGCAUCCCUCAUGCGUGGUGGUGGGCAGCUGUGAGCAUCUCCACUGUGGGCUAUGGAGACAUGUUUCCAGAGACCGUCCUGGGCCGGCUGUUCGCUUUCAUCUGCAUCUCCUUUGGGAUCAUUCUGAAUGGCAUGCCCAUCUCCAUCCUGUACAAUAAAUUCUCAGACUACUACAUCAAGCUGAAGUCUCAUGAGUACACCUCCACACUGAAGGCCCGGGGCAAGGUCAGGUUCGUCAAGAGAGUGGCCAAGAGGUUUACCAAGUGCUGUGACGACAAAGGACGCAGACAACCUGGCGAAUGCCAUUAGAGCACUGUGGGAGAUUCUCAGUUCAGUGAACAUAUAUGCUGUGACAGCAUGAAAUUAUUUCUACCACGUGGGUUUCCAAAGGAGUGGAGUUGCUAUAAAUCUAUGUUUACUGUUAUUGUAUAACUGGUUCAGUUCAGAAUUGGAUUCUUUAAUGUAUAUGCUUUUUAUUGCUUGCAUAUUUUUCAGCAUUGCCAAACAUUGAGAAUUGUGUAGGAAUUGACAUGCUUGGAUAUUAAUGCUCCCAAGGAGCCGAGGGGAGGCUUGCAUUAUAGCAAAAAUACUGCUGGCAAAGUGUACUGUAUCAUCAUGUUAUUCAUUCUGAAAAGGUAUACUGGUGUUCAUUUGAAGAGUUGAAUUGUCAUAAUAAAUGGCAUGGAUCAGAGUUAAAUGCCCUGAAGAUUACAAUAUUAAAGACCCCAAUCUGCCCUCUGUGGCUGCAGCUAAUGUUCUGUAGGUUGGGGUCGACUUCAAAUCUGAUAUGAUGUUUUCCUUACUUGCCUUUACCAUGUUAAAACUCUAAUUUGGUUACAUUUCAGGUUUAAAAACUGUUCAUUCGUAUGGACUAAAUGAGGCCUUAAAAAAAGUA